CUCUAUCGUCCCUUGUGGCCACAACGUAGAUUAUCAUCCUAUGACUUAUCACCAAUUCUUGACGAAUUACCCAAAGAUUCAAAAGUUGCAUCGAAAAUCGUGAAUUUCGCUGUGGCUAUAACGAAUGAUUUAAUAGAAAAAAAAGAACGUGAAAAAGUGGAUUUAAUGCGUGAAACAGUGGCUUUAAUGGAAAAAAAAGAACGUGAAAAAGUGGAUUUAAUGCGUGAAAAAGAACGUGAAAAAUUGGAUUUAACGAAAGAUUUAAUGGAAAAAAAAGAACGUGAAAAAUUGGAUUUAACGAAAGAUUUAAUGGAAAAAAAAGAACGUGAAAAAAUGGAUUUAAUGCAGGAAAAAGUGGAACUAUCAAAACAUAUUACGAAUCUUGAGCAUGAUGUCAAAGACCGCACUGAACUUCUUUUACGAUCAAAAAGGAUGUGUAAUGUGAGAGGUGCUUUAGAGUUCAUCAGAUCAAUGGACAAAACUAUCUCAUUUCGCGAACCUACAGACAAUGUUUUGAUGAGGCUGACUCAAGAUGCAAAGUUUAUAUCAUAUUUAAAGCAAACAUGCUCACUUAAUAAUUCUCAAUACAAAGAUGUCGAAAGAUGUAUGGGUGGUCUCUAUCACACUGCGUCAAAAAAAUUGCAUGGUCACGACAAGGAUAUUGAAAUUGAUGCACGGGACUGGAGUGUGAAUGAAGUAUUAGCAUUAGGUGUCCUUCUUCGUUAUUAUAAUAUUUCGUACUCUUAUUAUGAUGGCCAGGGGGAAUUAGCUGAAUACCCUUACAAGUUAGCUGAAUACCCUUAG